UCUGGCGGAAGAUGGCGGAUCUCGGAGAGUGAGAGCGGGAGUCGCCGGGAGGCCAGCGGCGGAAACACGGAAGCGCCGAAGGGGCACGGCAGCUAUCGGAAGCAGCGACCCUUAGCGCGCUCAACAGCCGGCGCCAGGGGGAGGGGGAGCGAGCUCGGCCGAGUGGCAUGAGAUGGCCAGCUCAUCGGACAGUGAGGAUGACAGUUUUAUUGCCAUGGACACAGAAGAAGUACUGGAUGGGCCCAUGGAGCAGGACGAAGAAGCUCACGUUGAAUUAGAAGUUGAGGAACUGAGACAUAACCGCUCAAUGUUAGAAUUGCCUGAGGAGGUGCUGGAAUACAUCUUGUCCUUUUUGUCUCCAUAUCAAGAGCACAAAACAGCUGCUCUUGUUUGUAAACAGUGGUAUCGACUCAUUAAAGGUGUGGCUCACCAGUGUUAUCAUGGUUUUAUAAAAGCUGUUCAGGGAGGAUAUAUUCAAUGGGAGAGCCGAACCUAUCCAUAUCCUGGGACUCCAAUUACCCAGCGCUUUUCGCACAGUGCUUGUUACUAUGAUGCCAACCAGUCUAUGUACGUCUUUGGGGGUUGCACUCAAAGCAGUUGUAAUGCAGCGUUCAAUGACCUCUGGCGGCUUGACCUCAAUAGCAAAGAAUGGAUCCGACCUCUGGCUUCAGGUUCCUAUCCAUCUCCAAAGGCUGGAGCUACACUAGUUGUGUACAAGGAUCUUCUGGUGCUGUUUGGAGGUUGGACUAGACCAAGUCCCUACCCUCUGCAUCAACCUGAAAGGUUUUUUGAUGAAAUACAUACUUACUCGCCUUCUAAAAACUGGUGGAACUGUAUUGUCACAACUCAUGGACCCCCUCCAAUGGCUGGCCACUCAUCUUCUGUAAUAGGAGAUAAAAUGAUUGUAUUCGGAGGUUCAUUAGGCUCUCGACAGAUGAGCAAUGAGGUCUGGAUUUUGGAUUUGGAGCAAUGGGCCUGGUCUAAACCGGCAACUUCGGGUAACGUGCCUCACCCGAGGGGUGGGCAGUCCCAGAUUAUUAUUGAUCAUGAAACUAUUCUGAUCCUGGGAGGUUGUGGAGGACCCAAUGCACUGUUUAAAGAUGCAUGGCUGCUACACAUGAACAUGACCCCUUGGACGUGGCAACAGCUAAAAGUGGAGAAUGAGGAGCAUGGAGCACCAGAGUUAUGGUGCCAUCCAGCCUGUAGGGUUGGUCAAUGUGUGGUAGUGUUCAGCCAGGCUCCCAGUGGUAGAGCCCCUCUGAGCCCCAGCUUACAUUCCCGGCCAUCUCCUAUCAGUGCCACACCACCGGCCCUUGGCGCAGAAAUGAGAGAACAUCGUUCACAAUCCCCUGUACGGAGUACUGAUGAAGUUCCCUGUGUGAAUGGACGUUGGGGCACAUUGAGGCCAAGGACGCACAGGCCAGCUGCAUCCAGUUCUCGGGAAGGCAGCCUAUCUCCAGCGAAAGGAGAAAGGUCACCAGUGUUAAAUGGUGGAACAUUAUCCCCAGUAUCCUUAUCUGGUUCUUUGGAUAGCCCAGUGCAGCCGGGAUCUCCUAUCCCAUCAUCUGUGGUGGAAGGAUAUGAUCUUCGAGGUUCAAUUGGAGGACUUCCCCAUGUCAUGAGACAAAGCACAGCAGCGGAACAGAAGGCUGAAUCAGGAUUAGAUUCAUAUAGGUCCCAGGAUUUGGUAAAUUGGGAUUCAAAACCCUCUUCCAGCCAUGGAGUAGAAGAUAAUGGGACAAGUCCAGGAACUGAGAUUAGUGUUGGGAAUGUUUCAGAGCAAACAAAUGGAAUUCACACACCACCUCAUGUUGCGACUGCUUCUCCGGGCCCAGUUUCACCAGGAGCACUCCGAAGAGGGCUGGAGGCAGUGAGGGAUUUCUUACCGCAAAGUUCGAUAUCCGCCGUGCCAGCAAGCUCAAGUUCGGCUCCUUCAUCUGUGUUGCCCGGAAAUCAUGGUCAAAGUUCAAACAGUACUGAUGCACCACAACGUCCUGCACCUGCCCAGGCAGAUGGACAUGCUCUGCCACCAAUUGCACGUCGAUUAGGCCACCACCCACCUCAGUCUCUAAAUGUAGGCAAGCCCUUAUACCAGAGCAUGAACUGCAAGCCAAUGCAAAUGUAUGUGUUGGAUAUAAAGGAUGCAAAAGAGAAGGGAAAAGUUAGUUGGAAAAUUUUCAACAGUGGCUCAGUCGUAGGCCCGCCGGAAACCAGCCUCCACACAGUUGUGCAAGGAAGGGGAGAACUGAUAAUUUUUGGAGGACUGAUGGACAAGAAACAGAAUGUGAAGUACUAUCCAAAAACCAAUGCAUUGUAUUUUGUGCGAGCUAAGAGAUAAUGCACCGCCUGCAGGUAUUUCACAUUACCUGACGCACACCCAUAAGCUGUGAAUUAAAAAAAAAGAUUUAUCUGUAAAACUACUCUGGAAGUGGUUUAAAGUUUGCUAGUUAAAAAUUUUACUCCAUUCCAGUGAGUUGGUUAUAUUCAGACUUAUCUAUCUUAAUUUGAUUCUCGCUAUGUUCUCGAAAGCUUCUGCUGCUUUCAAUACUGAUCGGAUAAAGAAGUGGUGCGUGAACACUUCCUGUUGCGGUAACUUGUGUGGUAUGCUACAAGUUAGCAAACUUGCUUUAGCUAGGUGAGAUCUUACUAUAAACAACUACCGUUGCAUUGGCAGGGCACAGUGAGUCUGCAGGAGUACGUCGUGCCUUGUUUGAAGUUACAACUUCAAACAGGAGGAAAUGCCCAGUUCAUUAAUACGGGCAAUUUUGUAAUUCAAUAAUGUGGUUGCAAACUUCAGUCUGUCCUGUGACAUUUCUUUACCAAAUCAGCUAAUUGACAUAAACCAUUAAUCCAAGAAUUGCACAUGCUGACCCCAAAGCCAGCUGAGUUGACACAUUCAUACAGGUCCGUGAAAGGUGUUGUAAAGCAUUUCAAUUUUCUUUUAUUGCAGUUUGUCACUUAAUUUAUUUUUUUAAAGAGAAAUGAUGUAGGUAGUGUAUCAAGAGAAAAGUUUAAGUAUGGACUCAAUUAUUGUACUCAUUCCUCUCCAGAAGUCGAGGUAUACUUGCCCAGCUAAACAUUGAAUAGCUCAUACCUUGUUGUACUUUUCCAUGUUGGGAGGAAAACACUAAACUUCAUUGCUUACAAGGACAUCUGUGUAUCUAUCCUAUUAUUAUCGGGAGACAGAAAACCAAGCAAUAUUAGUGUUCCUGAUGAAGAUGCAAAAUUGCCGUACAGCCGAGUCUACUGCCCAUUAGGAUAAAUUCAGGAUAAAAGGAGGCCUUCUUUGUUACUGACUGAGUGUGGUAAUAUUCAGUUAGAUUGUGCAGAAAUUCAAUGUUAUAUUAAAGUCUGCCUGUUGUCUGUCAUGGUAAACUGCUUUAUUUCAGUUCAGACAGAACAGAAACUGUUAUUUCUGUAUAUUUAAAUAUCAGAGAGCUAAUUGGUUCAGCUGUCUUUGGGAGCAUUUCCCAUUCUGCUGAUGUCAAUUAACUUUUUCAGUGUCAUAAGUAUUCAUUAGGAGAUGACUUUUUCUUUUGUGAAACACGUAUUUUACUUUUUGACUUCUGUUUUUCAAUUAUAGCUAUUAAUUGGCAUCAUGCAAUGGCCUUGUUCACCAGUUUUAUAGUGGUGUCUGUUUACACCAUAAACAGUGGAUGUGGUAUUGAAGUCACAUUGGAAUUUGCUUGUAAUUUCUUUUAUUCACCUAUUGCAUCAUCUAAUUUAUAAUUGCCUCCAGUAAUUGCCUGAAAGGCUAAGCUGCCAUGAAGAAAUGGGUAUUGAGCUGCAAAUCUGGAUUAAGGGCAUUUCUUGAACAAUUUUCUUUGUUUAUUUUAUUAUUUUAGUGCUGAUAUUGCAUUCUCCCUCAGACACCAUGUCAGUCUAACUUGCUGACAUUUUAUUGCCAGCUGCUGUUUCUGUUACAUUGCUUUUAGGGUUGCCAGUAUGGUGAGUUGCACAUGUAAUUUCCCACAUGUAUGGGAAAUUGCCUGUAUAAUUGUGUUGUAUUUUGGGUAGCAGCCAAGGUGAGUCUGCAAAGGAGAAAACCAAGACAGAAUUAACCUACCUCUGCUCUAGGCUGUAUAGUGUCCUUGCAGCUACUUUGAAUGCUAAGAUAGUCUUGCCUCCUAAUUUUACUUGCUCACCCUGUCUCCAUUUUCAAGUUUCGGUGGGAGGACAGGUAACAACAUUGAAUUCCAGCUCUUGUACCGUAGUGGCUGUAUUUCGGACUAAAGAUGAAAUUGAGGGCAUGUGUGUUCAAUCCCCUCGCUGUAAUGUAUCGCGUCUUCUAAAGUGAGACAAUUUGUGGGGGAAAAAUUGUCUUCUUGUUUCGUUCACCUUAUUACUUGUUUAAAUGUAACAAACUGCUGAUUAUAAAGGAUGCAGGAGCUUUUGUAAGAUUUAGUCAAGAGCUGUAAAAAGCAGAAAUUGCAUCUUUUCAGACUGAAUGGCAGCAAAUGCAAGCCAUCAGUUAAAGAAUUUGCUCCAGGAUCUGGGGGCUAGUGACUGAAGAUUGUAGUUUUCAAAUUAGAACUCAUGGUCAUCUUGAAUUUUGAUGGACGAGGUUUCGAUUACUAAUAAGUAUUUGUGUAACCAUCCAUAUAUUAUCGAGGGUUUAGAGGAACUGCAUUCCAAAUCUGGUCAUUACACAGUAGAGAAGAAUAUCCAGUCCAGUUAAUAAAAGUAGUGGUUCACACUGCCUCUUCAGCCGACUUUGUUGUGUGAUGGUUUGGAGCUUGCUGCAAGCAAAGCAUCUCUAGAAUACACAAUAUUUUAUGUAAUGCGACAUAGUCGAGAGGCCCAGGUGAUUUUUAUACCAAUUUGGUUUCUCUGCAGAUGCCAGAUCCUUUCAAAAUGCAGCAGUUCAGUAAUUGUAAAGUGUUGAUAGUUUCCCCUAAACCCACAGAAUCCUCUGCAGUCCUUGAGGUCACAGGGAAGCCACUCUGGAGAAAUGUGAGCUUGUCACAGCUCUAGAGUGGUGCAAGUUGCUGAAAACCCGUGGCUGUAUUAAGUAUGCGCAGUAGUGCCCUGCUGUCCAAGGUGAAAAAAUAUGUUGAAGGCAGUAAUGGGCUUGCACAGAUUUGCACAGAUAUAAUCCCUUUGCCAGACCUGCUGCUUGAUUUAUUUUCUACAGAUUUUAAGAAAUAUAGGAAUGAACUAAAAUGCUGCUCAAAUUUGAAUCCAGUAAAUAUAGCUGGUGUGCAAACUUACUUUUUGAUGUGUUACAGGUUUAUGAUAUGGCUGUUGGUGGUAUGGGUAUAUAUCUGGUGAAUACAUCCUCAGUUCAUUGAAUUUAUGCCCUGCUUUGAUAAGGUCUGUGGUGCCCAUGUGUUUGAAUCUUUCCGCAGGUAAAACCACAGCUUUGGUGCUAUUUAUGUUGGCCUCUUUUCUGACGAGAUUGAUUCAGAAAAUCCUUGUGUUAAUAGUAAAUUCUAUGCAAUGUUUUUAUCCCAAAACAUGGUUGUUCAGAUUAGUAUGAUUCAUCCCUCCUCUGGUUCUUAGAAUGUUUGAGAAUCCAUCCCUUUUUAUGCAGUUAUUGUGUAGGUUGUGUAUCUACUGCCUCUUUAAGCUUGAUGUGGCUCCAGGAUUAUGUGCCUGGUGAAAGGUGUUUUGAACCAGGUAACUGUUGCAAAUUCUCUGUGAUAACAUAACUAAAAUAAUGCAAUAUGGCUUGUUAAUGGCAAACCAUCUGUUCUCAGUCAUGGUUCUUGAUGGGGUGGCUCUUUGCUGGGGUUUAGGAUUUUUUCACUGAUGGCCAAAGCAUUAUUUGUUAGUCUUGUCCAGCACAAACAGUAGGAAGCCCACUAGUAGUAUGUGAAUAAGUUGUUUUAGCCUGUUAUGAAUCAGCAUGUAUCCCUAUCUACUUAACUUUGUUCUGCCAAUCCGUGCCUAUAAAGAAGAGGUCCAUGCCAUUUUGGAUCCAUUCAUUCUGCAGUUGUAGUCUGAUUCAAAGACUCAUGUAAUUCUUGCCGUGUUUCAAAUGCCAGAUUGUAUAGUUAGCAAUACUGUACAUGCAGUUCCUGUUUGCACAUCCUGGCCUUUCUGGCCUGAUUUCAUUAUGUAUGUACUUGGUCAAUCACCUAAUUAUGCUUAGAGAUUGCCCAACUUUUGACCCCCCGCUUCCCUUGGCCUUCAGCUGUUAGCAGUACAUUUGAUAAUUUCAUAAAUUCAGCUCUUGUGAAACUGAACCUCAAUACAAAUCUACACAAUAAACUCCAAAUGCAAAAUUACCACUCAAAACUUGAAUUUGACUACUAAUAAUCUCCUCCCAAUAUUCUGUCCAUUGCUGUAUUUAACAGAGAACUUGAGGGCAACAUUAACUUUCCUUUGCAGGUUUCCAUCAUUGCCAACAGGAAGUAUUUUCACCAAUGUAAGAGUUUAUCUAUUUCUCAAAUCUGAAGUGGCACAUUUGACUUCAUGAGUUUUCUUCAUAUCACUUUUCCACUAUUUCAAUUUUAUACCCAUUGUAAUUUGUUUAAUGAUGAAAUAGUGAAUAAGUUCUAUUUUAGAUAUCAUGCUUGCAGGUUAGUGCUAUUUCCAAUACCUCACCUUCACAAGAGCACUUUUUUAUAUUUACUCUCCAUUACCCAAAUCAGGAUUAUACUUUUCUGUGAUUGCUCCCCCUCGAUGGCCAAAUAUUUCACAUGGGAUUAUUAUACUCAACAGACUUGGAGAAUUGUUCUAUUAAUCUAUGAGGUUAUAUAAUAACUUUAACAUAAUUUAGGAUUGUGACUGAUUUAGAGAAGGAACCCUAAUUAAAAGAAGCACGAGUACACACAAUGUUGUCAGUGCUUCUUAAAAGGCUUUGUAUUCAAUUAAAUACUUUUGAAACUCAUUCACUUAAUAGACAAAUGAAAACAAUUAGCAUAAACUUAGUAUAAACUUCUACAAUGUUGUAAAUGCGACAAAUGACGUACUUUGUAUUUUCUCUCUCAACACUCCAUUAAGGGAAUAAUCUAGGUUAUGGUGUGCUUUAGACAACACAUCAGUAAAUUUGGAAUGCUUAAGAAACAAGAAUAAAAUAGAAACUGGAUUUUUUUUAAAGAAAUGCUGCAUAUGCUCACAUUUCAAAUGAGUUUAUGCAGUGGUAGAAUGAUAUGGUUCAGAAAAAGGUCAUGGGAAUUUAAUUAACCUUUGAACUUGUGAAACAGCAGAAUGAUCUAUAGUAGCAAAAUCUCUUAUUUUUAACUCAUAUGAACAGAUGGGUUUAUUUUUAGUUUCAGUUAUCUGCAUAGUUUCUGAGGCUUAUGCAGUGGAUAUCAUCUCUGUAGUGUUUUUUUGCCCCUUCUGAAAUGCCAUUGCUGCUUUGAAUACUUCAGGAAUUUUUAAUUGGUAUUGGAUAAAUCUCUCUGGUUUACAUGCAACGUGCCUGUACUCAUCAGAUGAAAAACAUUUGAAAAGGCAUAAUCUGUGAUUUCUGGGGAGCAACUGGUAGAGCAGAUUUUCUUGAGGUUAAUUGACUUACCAUUUCUUUAUACUGUUUAAAAGUGCAAACAAAUUUGGAUCUUUUUUCAAAAAUCUAAAUAUACAUUUUAUACUAAUGAAAAAUAACAAAAAUAAUAUCUUGUGCCUGAUGCAUUUCACUAACAAUCAGGUAAUUUAGCACUGACAGGCAUGUCUGAUACAAAACAUAGGCACAAGCAUGCGUGGCCAGUAUUGAAGAUCUUGCACUGGAUCUUCAAGUGCAGCACCGCCAAUGACUUGCUCUUUGUUAUUUUGUCUACAAACCAUCUGUUUGAUUUUUAAUCAUUUCUUUGUAAAUGAUUUAUUAUUGAGUUAUGGAGUUGCACUGUGUAGAAACAGGCUCUUCUGCUGACUGGGUCUAUGUGGAUCAUCAUGCCUGUCUAUACAAAUUCCACGAUUUCUUAGCCCUCUGUGCCUUGGUCAUGCAAGUAUUUGUCCAGAUGCCUCUUAAAUUUUACUGUUAUAGCUCCUGAUUCCAUAUUCUAGCUCCUCUUUAUGUUAAAUCUCAUCUAAACCUAUGCCUUCUGGUUUUAGACAUCCCUACCAUAAAAACAGAUUUUAUCUUUCUUAUCCAUGCCUCUCGUACUGCUCAGCCUCCUUUGCUCCAGAGAAAACACACAGCCCACCCACUCUCUCCUCAUAACUUAAAUCCUCCAAUCCAGGCAAUAUCCUUAUGAAACUUCUCUAUACCUUCUCUAGCUUAAAGACUUCUUACCUGUAGUAUGGUAAACAGAAUGGCACACAAUGCUUUGUACAGCUGUAACAUGCAACUCUUGCACUUAGUGCUUCAACUUUUGAAGGCAAGCAUGCCAUAAGCCUCCUUCACCACCUUGUCAAACUGUGUUGCUGCUUUCAGUGAACCAAGAACAGCUUCCCAGAACCCUACCUCUCACUAAAGUAUGUCCUGCUCUGGUUUAACUUCCAAAAUGCAUAACUGAGUUCAUUUCCAUCUACCAUUCCCUUGUCCACCUGCCUAGUCAAUCUGUAUCCCAUUGGAACUUAACCUCCUUCAUUGUCUACUAUACCAUUAAUUUUGGUGUUACCUGCAAACUUGCUCACCAAAUAUAUCUUUGUCCUAAUCAUUAAUAUUUAUGAUAACCAACAGAGUCCCAGCACUUAUACAGACAUCCUAUGAAAAACAACACUCCACUGCUUCCCUACCUCCAAGCCAAUUCUCUAUCCAUUUGGCUAGCUUGCCAUGUGUCCUAACUUUCUGCACCAGUCUACAAAGCUGGACCUUGUCAAAGGCCUUGCUAAAGUGCAUGUAUCGAAUAUCUAUCCCUCUAUCCUUGUCGGUCCUCGUGGAAGUAAGAAAUUAUCUGUCUCCCCGUCUUCCCCUCUUCCCACCUAACAACCCCUUUGUACACAACACACUCAUGAACCCAACGCAUCUUUAUUCGUCCUAAAUUUUUGUAAUGUUCAAAGCACACUUGAUUUCAAAAUUUCAAGGCAAGCUUUAUCAGUGGAAAGAUAAAGUUUAAGAGCAAUUUGGAGAAAUUUCAACAAUGGUCAAUUUAAUGUGAGUGGUAGAAUUUUGUAAAACCUGCUUUUGUUCUUAAAUUACUGUUGUGAUGAUUGCAUGUAAUUGAAUCAGCUUUGGUAAGCUGUGCUAAAUUGAGUUUCACCCCGUCAGUACAAUUUCUAUUUGUGUCAGAAACUUUUUAUUAUACAGUGGUCUUGUGUGAAAUCUGCAUAGCAUUUCCACACAAAUGCAACAGUGCUUUGCAUAUUGAGCUGAUCAGGUGUGUUCCUGAGUCCAUGAUUUGGAGUGUAAUGGAAGUUUUGUAAAAAAUGAACCAAUUUGUAAUUAAAAAGAUGUUGCUUAAAGAAAGAUUGGAAUUAUUAUUGCUGCUGAGCAAAGUACUGCCCAGACUGGGUAAUCCUAAUACUCCAUGCAUUUGAGUCAUUAUCAAGGAAGGUCCCAGGUUAAUUUGCUGAUUUGAUUUGCUUCAACUGAUCUUGGCCAGAUUAGCUAUAGGAAUGAAUGGCACUGUCCUAGUAGGAAAUAUAAACUACUGUUCUUCAGAUGGAAAGUGCAUGUUUAUAGAAGUUGGGAUGUCCUUUGUGAUUAUAUAGCCUUCCAACAUACCAAAGUAACUUACAUAUGAUGAAUGACAAUUUUGGUAACAUGCUAGAGCAGGGGUUCCCUUGCUUUACGGUAUUGGUUCAUGGCAUAAAAAAAGGGUUGGGGAACCUCUGUGCUAAGGGAUACCCAGCUCUUCUGGAACCUGUUCCCCAGUGAGGGUAGCAAUUGGAAAAAGCAGGGAAGUGGGCUGAGCACAGUGCAAUGGAAUGGAAAAAACAUAUUUAGUUGAACAUAUGUCAUCUAUAUGCCAUGGUUAAGCUGGAAUAGUGUAGAUAUAAUGGUGAUGACCCACUGUUAAUUAAAUUUGGAUGGGACCCCUUAUUUUCAACAUCGAUUAUAUUUACACAAAGCUACUCUGUUUCACUAAUAGAGUAGAAUGAUAGGUUUGGUCAAACUUGGAUGUACUGAUCUUGAUGUCCUAAAGCUACCUCACCAAUGACUAUACAGCAUAUUGUGUAACAUUUAUAUUUGUGCUGGCUAAAAGAUGUCAAAACUUUAAAUGUCAGGUUUUACUUAAAUUGAUGCUUUUAGAGUUUUUUGUUAGAAUUUUAUUUCCAACUAUAUACAAGCAGAUGAUUUGAUUGAUUUUCACCUAAGAUUUAUUGAAUUGAUAGUCAUUUUCAAUAGUGGUCAAAGUAGUUUUAUCUCCAUUUUUUGACAAAGCUGUUUCUAAAGUGAGGCUCAUUUGAAAGUUCAUGAAGUUAAUGAAAAAUAUGGUUAUGCUAGAUGUCCCUGUGAAAGAAAUUAUACAAUUGAUUUUUUUCAGGUGUUUCCCACAAACCAUUUAACAUUGGUUCAUGUCCAGAGUGAUCUGAUAUCUUAUAACAUUAAUAUUUUGCUUCUUUCUCAGGCUGUAAAACAGACUUAGUACUACAUUGUUGGAAGUUACAGACUGAUCUAAACAAUUGCAGAAUAUACACGCAGUGUGCCUGGUAGAUUGGCUGGAAGCCAUACUCAUCAAGAAUACAAUAAAGGGAAGUCAUGGCAAGUAACUACAGUUUCACAUACAUCAGAAGCUAAGAGUACAAGGCCUUUUUUUUUAUUUGGAAGUUACCAUUUUAAGUGCCUGGCAUUAACAGCUCCAAGACUUUGAAACCAGCUUACUUCUGCUUAUCUAAUGCUCUAUUGAUUUCCAGCAAGGCACCCAUCUAUUUUAAGAAAUGACAGAGACUGCAACAACUAAUGCAAAAUCAUGGAACCUUCAAUUAUGUUUCUUGGCAUACUUAAUGCCACGCAGAGUGGGCAUUGGGGAUCGAUGUACCUCUAACUAGAAGGGUGAAUGUUUACUGGACAGAUGAGCUCAGGCUGGGCCAGUUGUGUACUCCCAUCACUAACUCUUAAUAAUUUCAAUCACUUUCUUUCAUAGUGCAAGAUUACUGAAUACAGUGACCAUGUAGGCACCUAAGUAUAUGUUGAGCAGCAGCAGGAACUUUUACCUCAAGUAGGUCUCAAUGGACACAGUUUCUUCAGUUUCAGAAAACUGGUAAAUUUAUGUUUUGCUGCUGAAAUGAAGGUAGACUCCUUAGUUUGUUUAAUGUAGGACAAAUAUCUGCUGCCUUACCUGAUCCCAUUAGGAGACUGAUCAAUGCAGAUUUCUAUUUUAAAGCUAUGAAUAGUGCUAACUCUGCUGCUAUUUAUAAAAAUCUAUUUGGUAGUUAAUUACAUACUCGUUUGUGAAAGUUGCCUCACUGACUCUUAAGGAUGCGCAAGGAAAAUUACAAUAUUUCAACACAUCAUUAAAAGAGCUGGAAAUCUGAAACAACUAGACCUACUAUUUGCAACAGUUACCAGCAUUUGCUUAAAAAAACAAGACAUCAGUGUUUGACCAGUUGUAAUAAAUUAUUUUGUGAAGUUCUCAGUUCUCUUAAAAGGAAAUACUUUUAGCCAGAAAGAUCGCCAUUUGCCCACUGGUCAAAUACAUAAUCUAUUAUACAUGCAGGCUAAAAGGCCUUAUUUUAAGUGAUGAUGUUCUUGGUGUAAGGAGAGGGCAAUGGUCAACAUAAUUCAGUGCCUUCAACAAUAACUUACAUUUUGUAUAUCACAAUUAAUGGAGUAAAGUACCCCGAGGUUCUUAACAGGGCUGUACCAAAAAAUCUACAGUAAAUAUACAUGGCGCCCAGUUUGUUUCUCACAGGCUAAGUGACCUGUUAAGUCUCUUGUAUUGGGCUAGUUAUCACAGGACAAACUUUGCCUGGGGGGAAAAAAAAGCUUUGAAAAUUGGAGGUGGUGAUGAGAUAAAAGGUUCUUGCUGGUGCACAGGACUACAACCAGAGGCACAGUGUAUUCACAAAAAAUGAUUAGGAAUCGGAUUGUUUGAAAUAUGCCGUAUAAUUAAAGAAUCAAAAGUUCUCUCAAAUUAUUAAUUUGGAAUCCAUAACUAUGUAUAAACGGGACUUAUAGUUGCUCCAAAGAACAUUAAAGGUAUGGAAAUCAAGUGAGGAGAGGAAUAGACUGAGUUGCUUAUAUAGAAACUACAAUGAAAACUUGGUACCUAACUGGGAUAUUCUAAGAACAUGAAGAGACUUAACAGUGUAGUUUCUUCCUACAAAAUAAUUGUGAUGUGCCUUCAUUAAUAAAUCUCAAAAAUGUGGGAAUUGAAUAUUAAAGAUGAAUCUUGCUGACACUGGCUAUCCAUCCUAAGAAUUUGUUGUUGAAGUGGCGAAGAGUCUUUACUUGAACAAACUGGAUUUAAAAAAUGGACAUCACUGUGUCUGUUUUCAAGACUGAGGCACUGCAAAAGUGUAUCCAGACUAAAUCUGAUUCCAGAUAGAUGCAUAUAAGGAAGAUAAAAGUGUGCAAUCAUUCCUAUAAUUACCGUGAAGUGAGGAAUAAUUAUACCUGUAGUUACAUUGUAUAGAGACAAAAUACUGCAUAUGGUGUCAAUAUUUGAGGGAAAUAAGUUGAAAGGAUUUGGCAGAUCAAACAGCAUGUGUGUUGAGAGAAACAAGAUUUUCUGGUUGGUGACCUUCUAAUGGAUGUUGGAGGCGAUUAGCUUUUAAGCAAGUACAUUGCUGGGGAGUAAUGGGUUGGAUGGUGCAGUGAAAACCUGUUAAGGUUUGCCAUGGGGAUGGCAAGGAUGAUUAAAUAACUUGGUGUAGUGGAAAGGGGCAUGUGGGACGUGUGCAAAUGGCAGGUUUUAAAAAUAAAUUGUGUUUGCAGUCUAGCACAAAAGAGCAGUGGGAAGAAAGAUUAGAAAAUCUAACGUAUCAAGAAAUGAUGGCCUGGUCAAGAGAGUGGUAAAAAGGAAGUAAAUGUUAAGCCAGAGUAUUAAUCCAAUGAAAUGCAGCAAUGGGCUAUUCCUAUCCCAUGUAUCAAUUCCAAAUGAUUUUGGUGCAACCAAUGUCCUCAUCAGCACAUAUUAUCCAAAUGAAAAAAGAAGUCAAUACAAGCACAGAAUUAAGAGGGAAAAAAAAGGCCAGAAAAUACUUAAUGUGCAUACUAUUUCUAGAAUUUGUCUAAAGAAUUGGAACAAGCCAUGGAUUCUGUUCCAUCAUUCCUUAAAAUCGUGACUAAACCUCAAUUUCAGCUUCCAAUAUGGUCCUUGUACAUUUAUGUGUCCAAAAAUAUGCUAACCUAACCACUACUAAAUGUCGACCACCUCCUCAUUCUGUGACCACAAUCCCUUUUGGAACUCUCCAGUCUUUGAUCCCCUCAAGCUCAUUUAAGAACACUUCUUGUCUAAAGAGGAUAUAGGUCCAUUUUAUCCUAUUUCCCAUGUUGGACAACCUUCUCGUUCUAUGGGAUUUGAUUUACACAAAAAAGUGCAAAGCUUCUGGUUGUCAUUUUAUCUGAAUAAUAGUGGUCAUAGUGGUUUCCAAGUUUGGUAUUGGAGUGUUAGCCUGAAAUAUUGAUAGAAUAUGCCUGGUCAAUCUGGUGGUGCUUUACACACCAACACAAUACUAACCAAAUCAUUUUUUCUGUAUCCAGGCUCCAAGGGUCUCUAACAACAAGUGAUUGGGUGAUUUUUAACUAAUCAUCUGGAAUUAUCUAAUGAAAUUUAAGAUUAAACUUAGAUUAUUUACAUCAUUCUAUAGAAAAAUCACAUUGAUAUCAGUAAUUAUGCAAAAAUACUUGUUUUAACACCGCUGCCAACAACAUCUUACAACUAUCUCUGAAAUGGUAGUUUAUAAACACUCAAACUUCUGGCUUAUCUGUGGAGUAUGGGUAUGAGUACUGCAUUGAUGGGGAUGAUACCACUUAAAUUAGCACCAGAAUCAGACAGUUACAUUUAAUUAAUGUUUCCAGUAUCUUUCUCAGUUCAUAAAGUAAAAAUGGCUGUUUUUAAAAAAAGGAUCAUUGUGUCCCGUUUCACUGUCUAAAUUUCAUAUUUGGGAAUGGGUAAAAUGAAGGAUAUUUUGUGUGUAUUGUUUGUCCUCACAUUAGUUACAGGUGGAGUAUGAAUAUGAACAAAGUUUCAGAUUACUUCUAUUUCAAGUAAUAAAAAUUGUUUAAAUGUCCAAAUAGAAAGGCCAGAAUUGUUCGAUCUUAGCUCCUUUCUUGCCUGCCUUGACCAAUAAAGAUGUUAGAGUAGUGAAAGACUCCAGGGCUUUGUAAUAUUUGUAUUUAAAUGUGCACUAACAUUUUUUUCUACUUUUGGGAAAAAUGCCAUUCCAAAUUUACUUGAAGUCUUUUGCAAUUAGGUGUUUGUUACUUUCUUGAGUGAAGUCAAUGUGACAGGUGUUCUGACCUCAGCUUGUAUCUGUCCUGUGUUAAGUGUCUGUAAAGUCCUGCCUGAUCAGAUCAUGGUACAAAGAAGCUGUUUCUUAUA